AUGGGCUCCAUUCUUGAUUAUUCCUCCGGGCACAGCCAGCGCCAGGAUGGGCCAUUCCAGGAACCGUUCAUGUCAUUCAAACUCGUUGGCCUGGCGUCGGGACAGCCAACGGGCAUGAGAGAUGAAGUCCUGCUUCUCUCGUGGCUCAGCGUUCUCCUAAGGACCCGAGAAGACCGCCAAUUCUUGUUUGAUUGGGCGCACCAGAGUUGGCAGGAUGACGUCGCCAAUGAGUUUGAAACGCGCUCUCUGUCAGUGAAUGAAGUGGUGAUGGAUUUGCGUAACCCGGUGGACCAGACCGCUGGAGACCUUCUUCCUCGCAUCGCAGCCACCGUGCCCAGUCCAAGCACGGCUGCGACCAACUCUAUCUCUCUUCUCUUCAGUACGGGCUCUUUGUCACGACAAUCCGCGGAUGCCAGAGAUGAGGCCAUCCUUCACCUCGAAACCCGCUUCCUUGACGACCGACUCGAGAUCCGUCCGACAUGGUGGACUGAGAAUAUGCUGCCGUAUACAAUCAGACGAUACAUCGAGAACCUCGUUGAGACCGUCCGAAUAUGUCUCGCGCACCCGAGCAUACCCGUGGCGGAUCUCACCCGGCCAACUGAAAGCGACAUUGGCGAAAUCUGGCGGUGGAAUCAUCAGCUACCCCCCGUUUACGACUUUUGCAUGCACGACAUGGUUUCCGAACGGGCUCGUGAUCUUCCGGACAAAGUGGCGAUCUCAUCGUGGGAUGGCAACCUGACGUACGGCCAGAUCGACCGGUACUCCACGCUUGUGGCUAGCUCCCUGCGGCAAAUGGGGGUUAAACUACAUGACGUUUUGCCCAUAUGCUUCGAGAAAUCCAGAUGGACGAUCGUCGCCGUUCUGGCCGCCAUGAAGUCGGGCGCUACUUUCGUGCUCAUGGAUCCAACGCUGCCUCUCGCACGCCUACAGAACGUGGCAACACAAGUAGGCGCCGAGGCGAUGUUAACAUCCCGCAUGCAGCAGGAGCUGUCAACGGCCAUCAUCCCGAAUGAAAGACAGAUUGUCGUUGAGGCGGAGCUUUUUGCCAAUAUGCCUAAUCUGCAGACCAUUGCCCCCCUACCAGCCGUCCCGUCAUCGGCCUUGAUGUACAUGAUCUUCACCUCGGGUAGCACAGGUACCCCGAAAGGCGUCAAAAUUUCACACGCAACUUAUACUAGCAGCGCUAUUCCUCGAGCGAAGGCGGUUGGAUACACAGAGGAAUCGAGGGUUCUUGACUUUGCCUCCUACGCGUUUGACGUCAGCAUCGACAGUAUGCUUUUAACCUUGGGGAACGGCGGUUGCCUCUGUAUUCCGUCCGACGAGGACCGAUUGAACGAUAUAAACGAGGUCAUACGCAAGAUGCGAGUCAACUACGCAGGCCUGACUCCUUCAGUAGCUCGUAUAUUAGAUCCGGAUGUGAUCGCGUCCCUCAGCGGGCUUGGCCUUGGAGGGGAGGCGGCUUCGGCGAGAGAUGUCACAGUCUGGGGCCAGGAUACACGCAUCAUCAUUGGGUACGGUCCGUGCGAAUGUACAAUAGGAUGUACUGUGAACAGCAGCGCCGCCACAGGGAGAGACUAUAUCUCUAUAGGCCCAGGAAACGGCGCAGCAAUCUGGGUAGUCGAUCCCAACGACCACGAACUACUCAUGCCGGUAGGCGCCGUGGGCGAACUACUUGUCGAAGGUCCGAUCGUGGGACAAGGUUAUCUCAACGACCCUGAUAAAACAGCGGCUGCUUUUAUCGAAGAUCCCUCAUGGUUGCUCGCCGGUCAUAAGGAUUAUCAAGGUCGUCGCGGGCGACUCUACAAGACGGGGGACCUGGGCAAAUACGACCCGGACGGUUCGGGAGGGAUUGUUUUUGCUGGAAGGAAAGACACGCAGGUUAAACUACGUGGACAGCGAGUCGAGCUGGGCGAAAUUGAAAGCCAGCUCAGGGCCAUCCUGCCAUCGGAUACCAGCGUCAUCGCGGAGGUGAUUGUGCCCCAGGGAUCCGGCGGCCAACCGACAUUGGUGGCAUUUGUCGCGUCCCAGUCUCAAAAGGGACAGAAAUGCGCGGAGAUCCAAUCAGUACAGCUAUCGGAUGAGCUGCGCCAUUCGCUGCCAAAUGCCAAUGCCCAGCUGGCAAAAGUGCUGCCGCGAUACAUGGUGCCAACCGCAUACAUUCCGGUCACUUACAUCCCUGUUCUGAUUUCGGGCAAGAUCGAUCGCAAGCGACUACGACAGUUUGGCACGUCAGUCGACUUGCGACAGUUGGAAGAUGAAGGGUCGACUGCGAGCUCAAGUCGAGAGCUGAGUGAGCUCGAGCAGCGCCUGCGAGAGAUUUGGGGUCAGGUUUUGAAGCUCGAGCCAGAGACCAUCCGGCUGGAGGAUAACUUCUUUGCGCUCGGUGGCGACUCUGUGGCUGCCAUGAGACUUGUGUCUGCCUGUAGAGCGUCCGGCCUCGAUCUUUCUGUCGUCGGCACCUUCAGCAACCCAACACUCUCGGGCAUGGCCGGUGUAGUCCACAUCCGCGACUCAGAGGCACAAACGGAGGCCCUGCCAUUUUCCAUGAUCACGCAAGAUAAGGACAGCGCGUGCCUAGAGGCAGCCCGGAUUUGCGGGUCAAGCCCGGGGGACAUCAAGGACAUCUACCCUUGCACUCCUACACAGGAGUCUCUUUUCACGUUUUCACUGAAAUCAAGCAAGGCGUACGUUGCCCAGAGAGUCGCCUGUAUCCCGCCACAUAUCAUUCUCGACGACUGGAAACGCGCAUGGGAGGCGGUCGCCACCGCCAGUCCUAUUCUACGUACUCGUCUAGUCCAGCUUCAGGAUCCUGGCCUUCAGCAAGUGGUCUUGGAAGAGGAAAUCAUGUGGGGACAUUCAACAGACCUCCUGCAAUACCUCCAAAAUGACCGAGAUGAAAAGAUGAACCUCGGGGAAAGGCUGGCUCGAUAUGCAAUCAUCGAUCAUUCAGAUGAAGGAAAGCGAUACAUGGUUUGGACUGUGCAUCAUGUACUCUACGACGGCUGGUCAGAGCCCCAAAUCCUCAACCAGGUCAGCCAGGCCCUGGAGGGGCAUCCCAUCCAGCUACAUGCCCAGAUGAGGGACUUUGUCAAGUACGUGAGAGAGACAGAUGAGACCGCGACGAAGGAGUUCUGGAAACGAGAGUUGAACCAAGCCGUGGGACCCCAGUUCCCACGCCUGCCUUCCAGAGACUUUCUCCCCACGCCUGAUGGCAUGCUUGAGCAUCAGAUUCCCCUUGAUAUGGGUGCCAAUUGGCCAUUCACCGUGGCUACAUUGAUACGUGGGGCGUGGGCACUCCUGGCGUCCAAAUAUACCGGGAGCGAUGACGUGGUGUUUGGCGAAACGCUGACGGGUCGUGAUAUUUCCUUGUCGGGAGUUGAAAGCAUCAUCGGUCCCCUAAUCGCAACAGUGCCAGUUCGAAUCCGCGUCCAUCGGGAGAUUUCCGUGGAAUCAUAUCUGCAAGCAGUCCAACAAACUAUGCUGACUCGCACGCCGUAUCAGCACAUGGGAAUGCAAUACAUUCGCAAGGUCAGCCGAGAUGCCCAAUAUGCGUGUGAGGCACCAACCGGUCUGGUAAUUCAACCCGAGCCGGAUUUGGCUGCUGGAGAAUUGGGAUUCAGUGCAGGGGAUGUUGUUCGAGAAGCGCUUCAUUUCAACCCAUACCCUCUGAUGCUUGCCUGUGGGAUCCAGAAAGGAGGCUUUAGGAUCUGUGCCAGCUUUGAUAGCAGUCUGAUCGAGAUGGAACAAAUGAGACGUGUUCUUCACCAGCUCGAAAUGGUCUGUUUGCAGUUGACUAAAAGUCUUUCCAGGCCGGUUCAGGACAUCCCCUGCCUGCCCGAGACUGAAUUGAAUCUGAUUUGGGAACGAAACGAGUUUGGUCCACUGUCUCUCAACACAUCUUCGGGACUACUCCAAGCUGACGCGGGCCUAACGCAUGGAUCGGAUUACCCCCUUGCCGCAGUUCCGUGGGUCUGCGAUCCACACAAUGUAUCUCUUCUGUCGCCCAUCGGCUGCAUUGGCGAGCUGUGGUUAGAGGGAAAUUUCCUAACCGGCGAAACCGUUGACUCACCACCCUGGCUUGUUGCCGGAAGCUCGGCUGGCGUCGGCCGCACAGGGAAAUUGCAGGCAACGGGUGACGUAGUGCAGCUACAGGGGGAUGGCAAGAUGGUGUUCCUUGGUCGAAAGGCCGACGUCCUGCCUGUGCAGGGGCACGCGGUGAACAUUGCAGAGCUCGAAGCUCACGUCGCGAGACAUCUGCCGCCGGCCGUUCAAGCCGCUGCCACGAUGCUCGAGUCUUUUGCGGGCUCCCAGCAUAGUCCAGCACCCGGGCUGGUUGUCUUCAUUGGGUGUAGAAUCCCCGCGGAAGAAAAUGUGCAGCUUUUACCAACAGACCACGAUAUCAUGGCUGAUACCUCGGACCAUAAAUUGACCAUUUGUGGCACAGUCCCUGUCAGCGUUGUGGUCGCACUCAGAAGACUGGACAGAUUCAUCCGGGACUCUCUUCCAUCCUAUAUGAUACCUUCGACGUACAUUGUGGUUGAUGAAAUUCCAGCAACGACGGGCCUGGUUGAUCGUGGUUUGAUGUAUCAGCUAGCCUCAUGCAUUCCUCGAAAGAUACUCGCAGAGCUCGGUGCGGCAUUCGAGAAAGCAUGGACGCACAGCGCAACGCAAACCAAUUUGUCACCAGCGGAGAAUAUCCUGCGUUCGUCAUGGGCCAAGAUCCUUGGGAUUAGUGCGGAGAAGAUUGACGUGGAUGACAACUUUUUCCGGCUGGGCGGUGAUUCUGUUCUGGCAAUGAAAUUAAUAUUCUCUCUCCGCACACAAGGGCACGGUUUGACCGUGGCUGAUAUUUUCCAACAUAUGCGUCUUGGAGACGCGGCCCAAGUAUUGAAGAUAGGCCAAGCGUCCACGGGCAGGGCCCGGUCAUAUCAACCGUUCUCGACGAUUGGCCCGAUUGAGGUUGGGAAAUUCCUGUCUGAUGUAGUCCAGCCGAAGCUUUCCAAUUCAUCAUGGCUGGUUCAAGAUGUAUCUCCGGUUACCGAUUCUCAAGCACUGGAUGUGCGAGCAACCAUACAACGACCACGAACUUCGAUCCAAUACAACAUGUUGUACUUCAAUCAGGGCGUUGACCGAGACCAACUAUACCGUGCCUGCCAGAGGCUCGUUGAUAGUCACGAGAUUCUACGUACCGUUUUCGUUGAGCACAACUCGACGCUCUUCCAGGUGGUGGUGAAGACGCUCGAUGUUCCGGUGACUACGCAUCACAUUGAUGAGGGCCUUGAGCAAUACGUUGCCGACCUUUGUACGGCCCACAUCGAGUCGGACUUCAACUUGGGCUCUUCUUUCGUCGCAAUGUUCCACGUUGAAGCCAGCGACGGCCGUAGUUGCCUCGUUAUCGGUCUCUCGCACGCGCAGUACGAUGGCAUUUCCCUUCCGCGGCUGCUCCGGGACCUGGACACCUUGUACAUGGGUCAGGAAAUCGAGCAAUCCGAGCCUUUCUCGUCGUAUGUGGCCCGCGUCCGGGAUGUCCACGACCACGCCGACGCUCUAAAAUACUGGCACGGUCUUCUCGCCGGCUCAACACUGUCUGUGUUGGGCGGAAGCUUGGGACAGCCCACGGACAAAGCCAUCUUCCAUACUAAGCCCGUUGAAAUUUCCCAAACCUUGAAAGAGAUUACCACGGCAAACUUGCUGACUGCCGCAUGGGCGUUGACGCUGGCUCGUCGGCUCCGCACGAGCGACGUGACUUUUGGCGGAGUGACGUCGGGGCGAAACGUCGACGUCGCCAAUGUGGAGAGCGUGAUGGGCCCGUGCUAUCAGCUCACUCCCAUCCGAGUUCCCUUCCAAUCCCAAUGGACGGCGAUGGACCUCUUGCGCUUCGUCCAGAAGCAAAGCGGGCAGUCUGCGGCGCAUGACUACCUCGGAUUUCGAGCGAUCUCCGAGGAGUGCACCCAGUGGCCGUCGGAGGUGUCGUCCUUCGACUCUCUUGUGCAUCAUCAGGACUUUGAGGACUUCGACACUAUGCCAUUCGCCGGGGGCACCUGCCGGGUUGACAUCCUGAACCCUCACGGGGAUGCCGCGUAUCCCUUGAAGGUUGUUUCGUUUGUUCGAAGCGGAAAGAUGCACGUCGGGCUGGUGGGAAGUGAGAGAGACACGGCGUUGGUGGAUGCAGUUUUGGAGGAGUUAACUUCUACCGUUGAAGAACUGGCGACAUAUUCGUCGGAACCUCUGAAUGUUCUGGGGUGA